UGGGAAGGAAACAAAACACCCACUGCCCAGGAGGGUGAUUUCCUUUCCCCACGGACCCCAGAAGGGCUCCUGGCACUGGACGGUCAGUGCCACCAUCCCGGGUGGCAGAGAUCAAGUGGCACCAGGUGAGUCUGGUGGCUGCUGGGGAGGUGGGCUGGGGACACGGCCCCGGGCAGCUCCCCAAGUCCCCAGCACCCGGGUCCCCCACCACCCCGUUCCCUCGAUCUCCUCCCAGUCUUAUGGCAAAAUGUGGGGGGCGCCGGGCACCGCGGUGCGGAGCAUCCGCCCCUACCAGUCCAGCGAGCAGUACCUCUACGCCAUGAAGGAGGACUUGGCGGAGUGGCUGAAGGAGCUGUACGGCCUGGACAUCGGGGUGGGCACCUUCGUGGAGGUGCUGGAGACGGGGGCUGUGCUCUGCUCCCACGCCAACAACGUCACCCACGUGGCCGGGGAGUUUGCCCGCGCCUGCCCCGGCGUGGCACGCCACCUCCGCCUGCCCACCACCGGCGUCGCCUGCAACCUCGCGGCACAGCCGGGCACCUUCCAGGCCAGGGACAACAUCUCCAACUUCAUCCAGUGGUGCAGGAAGGAGAUGGAUAUUAAAGACGUUCUGAUGUUUGAGACGGAGGACCUGGUGCUGAGGAAGAAUGAGAAGAACUUUGUGCUGUGCCUGCUGGAGCUGGCACGCCGUGCCGCCCGCUUCGGCAUGCGCGCCCCGACCCUCGUGCAGAUGGAGGAGGAGAUCGAGGAGGAGCUGCGCCAGGAGCUGGACCUGCCGCCUGCAGACACCCCCCUGCCCCGGCCCCCCAGGAAACCACGGGACCUCCACAACCUCGAUCAGAUGGUCCAGCACCUGGUGAGCCGCUGUACCUGCCCCAUCCAGUUCCCCAUGAUCAAGAUAUCUGAAGGGAAAUACCGCGUGGGUGACUCUGACACCCUCAUCUUUGUCCGGAUCCUGCGGGAGCACGUCAUGGUGCGGGUCGGGGGCGGCUGGGACACGCUGGAGCACUACCUGGACAAGCACGACCCGUGCCGCUGCACCUCCCUCUCUCACAAACAAGCCUGGAAAACCAGGAGCCCCCAGCAGCAAGUGCAGCACGAGAUCUGGCUGUGCCCAGCCUCGAAGGCAGCCGCCCGUGGCCAGCCCCAGCCCGCGCUGCUGGUCAGCCGCUCGCAGAGCCCCCUGCCCCCCGUCACCUGGGGGUCCCGUGUCCCCCCCGGCCCCCGACCCCCUGCCACCCCCUCGCUGGAGGCCUCGGGUCACCCGCCGGGUGCCAACCCUCGCCAGGAGCCAGCGCAGCCCCAGAGGGGCCCUUUGGGCAGGAUGCGGGAGUCACCGGUUGUCCCUUUGGGGAGGCAGCCACCACCGUCCGGGUCACCUCCUCGACCCAGCUCCCCUGGCUGUGGGGUGACGAGCCGGGCACCCACCCCUUCCCGGCCAGCCCCCAGCACGCAGGACUGUGUAGGGGUCCCUAAGGUGCCGCGUGGGAGCACCUCGGGGAAAAACCCCACGGCACCGACACGGGGCAGGGCCAUGACACCCAGCACCCGGCUGACACAGGCACCUCCUAAAAGCACCCUGCAAGGACGCAAAUCAUCUGCGACAGGUGCCAGGCUGCAGGAAGGGGGGGUCCUUGCUGCGGUGACACCCCGUGCCUCCAGCCCCAGCAAGGUCUGUGCCCCCUCCCCACACCGAGACGCCUGGGGAGACUCACAGAACCAGAAAAUCUGGGGACCCCUUGGCAGGGGCCAACUGCCCUCACCCCGAAAUUCCUCCAGCCAGCCCCCGAAACACGACGGCAGCAUUAAACCCCUCGUCAAAGCCAACCCGGCCGUCUGCCGGCCCCCCACCCCUCUGGCCCAUUUUGCAGAUGGGUGGAAGGUCUGUGCUGCUGGGAGGGGUCCCCAGGGGACCCAGCAGUGCCACCCAGCCCCAAGCCCAAGGGCUGGGGGUGCCGAGGGACCUGGGGUGCAGGCUGAUGAACCGGGGGUGGCCUGUGGCCCUAGUGGGGGGAGCGAGCGGCUCGGGGGGUGCUGGGGGCAUGCACAGCCCCCUGGCUACAGCCAGGUGGUGGAGGAGCUCUCCCGUGGGCAGCAGUCCCUGCGCCCCGUGGGGCUGGGGAGGUGGGUCCCCAAAACGCCCCCACGAGCCACCUCACAGCCCACCGUUCUCCCGGUUAGGGGGGAGGUGGAGGCCCCAGGAACAGGGGGCCAAACCCCGCGGGGGGCCCGGGCCAGCAACGUCCCCAAGCCCCGGCGGUGCCUGAAGAAACCUGAGCGUGUGCCCUCCAUCUACAAGCUGAAGCUGCGGCCCAAGGCACGUCCCCGGCGGGACCACAGGCCGGGCAAACGUCCCUCACGCAUCCCCACCCCGCUGGGGCAGCUCCCACCUGCCCCCCGGGACCAGCAUCGCCCCCCGGAGCCCCCCCGGCACCCCCAGACCCACUCUGCACUCCCCGGGGCCAAGCCCUCGCCGGCCGACAGCGGGGCCUGGCUGACCGAGGAUGAGGAGGAGGCAUGGGUCUGACACCCCCCCUGCACCCCGAGGUGGGGACAGACCCCUCGCUUGUCCGAAGGUGGGGGCGACGCUGAAGCCGGAGCUGAGGUGCCGGAGGUUGGUGUGGGCAGUGCAAUGGAUUUGUUCCCAGGCAACCCGGGGGUCCCCCUUCCCGCUCUCCAGAGCUGCACCCCCUCCUUCCCCUUGGGUUUUUUGUUUUGUUUUUUUUUUUGGGGGGGGGGGACACUGGUAAUUCUCCUCCUAAACAGGCGCUCCUGUACUGGUUGGGUGGAAAAAUUCUGCCCCAAAUUGAGAGAAUGGGGCACUGUCUGCAGGGAAGAGGGGUGGAGGGGUGUAGCCGGCCCCUAUGGUGUCCCCCUAAAGUGGGGAGCUGGCAUCCAAACAUGCAAAACAUUUGUACCUCAGUCUUCCCCGUCUGUACAAUGGGACUGACAAUCGGCAUGCGUUACAGCACCAAGAGCCUUGAUGAGUGUUGGGAGUCGCUCAGGUUGGGGGAUCCCCAGAGGGGCUGAGCCCCCGCGGGGGUUCCUUAUGCACAAAGGUGGGAGACCCGGGCAGGGGGAGGCGUCGGUGGCCACCUCAGCCGUGAUGGUGGUCACCAAGGCUCAUUGCAGACACCGCCGCACUCCCGAGCCUACAGCCACCGACCCGGCAGUGGUGGUUGUGCAAUAGAGACGUACCAAAGCU